AUGCGCUGCGAGUCGGUUAUUUUGGCCUCAGGCCUCAGGCCCCAGGCCUUGCGCCUUGCGCCCUGGGCCCUGGGCCGUGAGGCAGGACAGAAUCCGGCGAUCGAUAUUUAUUUAUCCCCGGACGGAUGUAGUCUAGUGGCUGGGCUGGGGCCGAGGCCCGAGGCCCACCCCCGACUCAGCCUCUUCUCGGCUUUUAGACCCUCUAUCUCCGAAUCACGUGCAAUUUGUCACGUGCAGUGGUACCAUCGAUACAUCGUGACGGACUCGGUAGCGAGUGGAGUGAAAGGGAGAGUGAGAGUGAGAGUCAUAGUGCGCACUUUCCUCUUCUGCGAUUUCCUCUUCCUGUCCCGCUGUAGUUCGGUCAAUUGUUGUUCCAAGGGAGACCAUCGAUUGGAGGUCGAGGUCGAGGUCGAGGUCGAGGUCGAGAGCAUGACCGUCAAAUCACCCAGCUCAACUCCGACGGUUUCUGCGUAUUUGAUUUCUCAGCCGCCCGGCCGCAAACAGACUAGCGCGGAUGGUGUGAUCACAAUGCCAAACGAGCUCUCCAUCAUGAGCGAUGGCAACAUCGUCGCAUCAGCCAUUCACAGACUCUCUUGA